AAACCGGCUCGACCAGGAAAGACCUCUCCUUCCUCCAGCUGUCAUUUGACUGUGUACAUUUGGCGUCUUGCACAGAGGAGGAAACGGAUCAUUAUUUAUGUAAUGUGAAUGAACCACCACAGCCAAACAAUGAGAGACAUCCUCAAGAGAAAGUUUGUAGAGGUCGAUGACAACCCCUACUCCUCCUCCUCCUCCUCUCCUCCGUCCUCCCUCUCCUCCUCCUCCUCAGAGUGGGAGUACGACGGGGAGAGCGCCUCCUCUGACAGCCAGGAUUUCACACCUCACUGCCCUUCCUCACCCACCAGUUUACCCAUUCGGUCCAUCCUGAAGAGGCCGAGGCUCGCAGGUUUACAGAGCAACGUGCGCUUCGACCAGGUGACGGUGUUCAGUUUCCCUCGCUGCCAAGGCUUCACCAGUGUGCCCAGUCGAGGAGGAGCCACUCUGGGCAUGAAGCAGAGGCACAGCACCCUCCAGAGAUACACGGUGGCCGAGCACGCACUGGAGCGACGGCACAGACGCACCGAGAGGCUCAGAGAAAGACGGAGGGAAGAGAGGCUCGAGGCUCUGAAACACAAAUUAAUCACCAGCGGAGCCGUCGACCGCAGAGAGGCAGACGGGCUCAGGGCGGAUCAGGUCCCAGAUGAAGACGCUGACGUCCACAUCAGUGAUGCAGAUCUGGAGGACGGAGGUUUCCUUCAGCCGUACUCGUCCAAACAGCGGCAGGCUCUGCUGCAGGCCGCGGGGGUGAAGCGCGUCGACAAGGAGGAGAAGAGGCAGCUUCACGCGCUGCGUCUCUCCAGAGAGGACUGUGGGUGUGACUGCCGCGGCUUCUGUGAGCCGGAGAGCUGCGCCUGCAGCCUGGCAGGAAUCAAGUGCCAGGUACCACGAAAACAGACAUUUCUGUCUUGUUAUUUGGUAGAAAGACACCUGCGGAGA